CACACACACUCACACACUCACACACAGCUAACUUGGCAGCUGUGAGGAUGGAGGUGGAGGACUCAGUGCCCGCUAAGCUACUUCAAGUACCUGCAUGUCUGAGGCUGACUUUGAAGCCUCCAGCGUGUUUGGAGUUAAUUCCCAUUAGGUUGGACUCCGCCCCUCUGUCCCAAAGGUAAAGCAAGAUUUUCAGGCAUCACUGCAAAGAGCAGCUGGGAUUCCCAUCCCCUUCUGACAAGCUGUAAGGAGAAGUUGUUUCUCAGAUUUGAGUCCGAAGAGAGGAAACAAGUCAAUCAGCCUUCGUGGUCAGAAGAGAAACCUGGGACCAUGCGGAGCAGCCUGACCCUGGCGGGGACCCUCUGGGCCUUCCUGUCCCUUGUUACCGCUGUGGCCAGUUCCACCAGUUACUUCCUGCCUUACUGGCUCUUUGGAUCCCAGCUGGGGAAGCCAGUGUCAUUCAGCACAUUCCGGAGGUGCAACUACCCUGUGAGGGGAGAGGGGCAGAGUCUGAUCAUGGUGGAAGAGUGUGGGCGCUAUGCCAGCUUCAAUGCCAUCCCAAGCCUGGCCUGGCAGAUGUGCACAGUAGUGACAGGUGCCGGCUGUGCUCUGCUGCUCCUGGUGGCACUGGCUGCUGUCCUAGGCUGCUGCAUGGAGGAACUCAUCUCCAGAAUGAUGGGACGUUGCAUGGGAGCCGCACAGUUCGUGGGAGGACUGCUGAUAAGUUCAGGCUGUGCCUUAUACCCCUUGGGAUGGAAUAGCCCAGAGAUAAUGCAAACAUGUGGGAAUGUCUCCAAUCAAUUUCAGUUAGGUACCUGUCGGCUUGGCUGGGCAUACUACUGUGCUGGAGGUGGCGCAGCUGCAGCCAUGUUGAUCUGCACCUGGCUCUCUUGCUUUGCUGGAAGACACCCCAAGCCUGUCAUGUUGGUGGAGAGCAUCAUGAGGAACACCAAUUCUUAUGCCAUGGAGCUUGACCACGGCCUCAAACCUUGAGCUUUAGCAGAAGAUUGGAGAGGGUGGGAAAGAGGAGGGAAGGGAGCCUUGAAAAGAGGUACUAAGAUGAGGCCAGUUCCUACCCACUUGCCAGUAGUGUAACCCAGUGUUUGCAUGCUUUUUGACUCCCCAGUCAUUCAUUUUCGGUUUCCCUUAAACCAGUGGGUCAGUGGUUAUUUACAAAAUUCAUCAAGAACAAUAAUUCUCAGACUUCCCUGGCGGUCCAGUGGUUAAGACUUCGUGCUGCCAAUGCAGGGGGCGCGGGUUCGAUGCCUGGUCGGGGAACUAAGAUCCUACGGUGUGGCCAAAAAAAAGAACAAUAAUUCUCUCUAAUGUUUACCUAGCUGGUGAGUGCCCACUAGCCCCCAACUCGCAAAGUGCUCCUUCAUACAAAAUGAUAAGAAAGAUCCUCAGUUGAGAGGUAACUGCACAGUCAAGCAGCUCUUCAGAGCUCUACAGCUCCUAUCACUUACCCCAAAGCUUAAAGUUUGGGUAAAAACACUUGUGCAUGAAGGGGCCAUGAGAUGGACAGGGAUGGUUCCUACCACUCCAUUCCUUUGGUCAUCCCCUGAUACUUAUUGCCAUCUCCAAACAUCUACGGAGUGCCACUGCCCCAAUUUUUGUGACUUUCUCAGGACUAUACCUUGACUCGUCCUCUUUUUUCCUGUUUCUCUUCCUUGCCGGUUGUGAGCAAGCUUAUGGGGAGGGUGACUCCCAAUGGGGAAAACACUAAUCAAGGAUGCUUGCAUAUAGUCUAAGACCCCUUCCUCAUAAUGCUUUAGAAUAUUCAUAAAAGUUCAUUUUGUGUUCUGGCUGGGUGACUGGCAUCAAAAUAGUGGCAAGUAUUCCCUAGUCCCUUAUAGAUACAGAAAUGGUGUUCAUCAAAUGUUCUGAGCAGAGACUAGCAUUUGUUGUGUG